AUCAAAGACGAUCCUUGACUCGAAUGUGGUUGUGUGUGCCCCCGCUGCAAGAUGAAUGCCGAUGUGAAUCGAAAAGUCAUGGCCAUCCAGGCAAAAAAGAAGCGUUCAAAAGGUCCCAAGUCGAAGCUCAAGGGUCGCUCCGAUGCAUCUGACAAGAAGCGAAACGAGUCUCAGUAUGACUAUGCGGGUGAGGAUGAAGAGGAAGAAGAAGAGAUCCUGGGCUCGGAUGAUGAUGAACAAGAAGACCCAAGGGACUAUUGCAAAGGGGGCUACCACCCGGUGAAGAUUGGGGACCUCUUCUACACUCGAUACCACGUGGUACGGAAGCUAGGCUGGGGCCACUUCUCAACCGUCUGGCUUUGCUGGGACCUUGUGGGCAAGCGGUUUGUGGCCCUCAAAGUUGUGAAGAGUGCCUCACAUUACACCGACACUGCCCUGGAUGAGAUCAAACUUCUCAAGGCAGUUCGAGACAGCGACACGGACGACACAUGCCGAGAGCGGGUGGUGCAACUUCUCGACGACUUCAAGAUCUCGGGAGUCAACGGGACCCAUAUGUGCAUGGUUUUCGAAGUUCUGGGACACAAUUUACUCAAACUGAUCAUUCGGUCAAAUUACCAGGGCAUUCCACUACCCAAUGUGCGAACUAUCAUCAGACAGGUGCUGGAAGGUCUGGAGUACUUGCACUCCAAGUGCCAGAUCAUCCACACAGACAUCAAGCCAGAGAACAUCCUGAUAGCCGUGGAUGACGCCUACGUGCGCAAGCUGGCCUACGAGGCCACCCAGUGGCAGAAGAUGGGGCUCCGCUUGCCCGGUUCAUUGGUGAGCACUGCCCCCAAAGAGCUCCGCACAGUUCCCACGCUGCCGUCCGAGGGUGUUGCCGGAGGUGCGGGUGCAGCCGGUACGGGUGGGGGUUCCUCCUCCAAGAUGUCGCGCAACAAGAAGAAGAAGCUGCGCAAGAAGGCCAAGCGUCAGCAGGAGCUUCUUGAGCGGCAGAUGCAGCAGCUGGAGGAGCUGGACAUGGAGGAGGACGAAGAGGAGGGGGGCCACGGGGAGCAGGAGGGAGGCUCGCUCAACGGAGGGGGACCAGGCGGCACCACCCCAGACAUGCCCCCGCAAGAGGGCGCCGUUCUGGCAGACGCCAUGGAUUGGGCCCGGAGCGCCGAAGGUGGGGACCCCACGUGGGCCGGUGGGGACGUCUGCAACGGUCACCGAGGUGACGGAGCCGCGCGGACUACUAUGGGCCGCCUGGAAAGGUCCGAAAGCACCCUGGCACCUCCCACGCCCACUGCACAACUGCGGAGGGUGGCCUCCUGCCCUGAAAACCAAAAACCACCAGAGAAGAUGGCUGACCCUGUGCACGAAGUUUGUAAUAUAUCUGUAAAAAUAGCUGACCUUGGAAAUGCCUGCUGGGUGAAUCACCAUUUCACCGAGGACAUACAGACGCGGCAGUACCGAUGCCUUGAGGUCCUCUUGGGAGCUGGCUACGGCACGCCCGCCGACAUUUGGAGCACCGCGUGCAUGGCGUUUGAGCUGGCCACAGGUGACUACCUUUUUGAGCCGCAUUCGGGGGAGGACUACAGUCGAGACGAAGACCACCUGGCCCACAUCAUUGAACUCCUCGGAGAGAUCCCCAGGCACAUUGCCUUCUCGGGCCGAUACUCCAGGGAGUUCUUCAACAAGCGAGGGGAACUGAGGCACAUCAGCAACCUGAAGCCCUGGGGCCUGUACGAGGUGCUGACAGAGAAGUACGACUGGACCCCUGCGGAUGCACAGGCGUUUGCUGAUUUCCUGCUGCCCAUGCUGGCAUACGACCCAGCCUCGCGGGCCAAGGCCUCAGACUGCCUACGACACCCGUGGCUCACCACGCAGACGCCACCCAGUGGUGGUGCCGGGAACAACAGCGUUGCCUCCGACCCCCGAGACGAGACCGUCGUCUCUUCGCGUCCCCAUCCCUCGUCCUCAAACCAGCGUCGGCCCCCGUCGUCAUCAUCCUCGUCCUCUUCGUCGUCCUGAGAAGCCCGCCCCUGCUCGUCUGUGUGUUGUGGUGUGUUCCAACAGAGGAGGACUUGCUGCAUUAUGGGGACGAAGUGCGGUUGAUGGCGGCGGCGGCAGGGGUCAUAUCAACUCCUCUAGUAGCGUGUGCGCUGCGGGGUUUUCUAAGAGGGGGGUUGGAGUGGCGGGGCAAGGAGCAGGUGACUCUGAAUUGCGCGUUUCUCUCUGUAAAGCUGCGAGUGCUGCUGCAUAUCUGGAACCUUUUGUUUAGAAAAGACUUGGGCUGCUUUCUCUUAGCUCGCUCGUCCUGUUUGACCCCACCCGCUCGUCGACCGGCCUGUACAUGAACUCGUCAAUUGUUUCCACUUCCCACCCCUUCGUUCUCUCUCUUCGUUUACCCACAAACAUAGCUACAACAUACGGAACUUGGUUGGCGGUGAUGCAAGCCACAGUUUACUGUAGCACUGCUGUGUCCCAUUUACCCGUAUAACCUGGCAUUGGUUAGGCUUCGAGUGAAACUCGGGGGUUGCGUGCGCAAGAAUGCGUUGUGUGGCCUGUGCAACAGCAGCAGAAUUUUUUUUAUUCGUAGGUUUCACGGCUCUGUCGGUGACAAAUUGGUUAUCAUCAACAUUCAGGCAAAUUACACUUUAAACACCUCAAGGAUGGACAUUUUUCAGGCGUGGCUGUGACCGCGUUUGCAGAGGGGCAUGCGUCCUUUUUUUAUUUCUCCUGCAUCUAAAAAAUUUGUAAAGCACUCUUUGCAAAAAAUUCAAUGGCUUCAUUUAAUUAAAUGUACAAUCUGCCACACUGCAGCUUAUGUAAUAUGCCUGUGUUGGGUCUUCAAGAGGGAUUUGGGGGAGCUGUUCUUCAGUGAUCACUUUUUUGGAUGUGAACAUUUCUGCAAGGUUUCUUGAGAGGCUGCGCGGAAUAUAUUGGGAUCCGGCAGUAUUCCUGGCCUUGUGCUGAGCGUUGAGAAUGCUGUUGGGGCUCUUGAUGCAGAGUCAUGCGGAAUCUAAUAAAAGGAAUUGUACGCAUGAAAGUGAUCACCCAAGAAUGAUGCCCUCGUUCUUGUUUGCUUGAAGAUUUAUGGACAUUUGUGUGUGCAGGUGUGUGUGUUCAUAUCCAUGAUAUUGUUUUCAGUCACAUGAUUGGAGCAGGUUUAUAAGUACUGGUUUUAGGCAUAAUAUAAGGUGCCCGCUUAUGAGCUGGGUUGCAUUGCUGGCUUGCACAAGCAAGAAGCUGCUUACUGCGUUUCACCUUUGAGCUAGUUCCUUGUGCGACGUAAGCGCUUUGUCUGUUGUGAAGACUUCAGAAAUAAACAUACGAUGACUCCAAUUCUUGUUUCAGGUAUUAGUUUCAUAAGUGAUGCAUUGCAAAUACUCCCUAAAUUUUUUCUCUAAACUAGGUUUAUUAACCUGCUACUGGUUGGUUUUCCUAGACAUUUUCUUGACAUGAGUAUGCAGUGCCACAUUUGAUUAACAAAAUUGUGGCUUGCUUGUCUCCUGUGGUCCUUAUCAAGAAAAACUGCAAUUGGUUACCUGGCACAUGGUAACAAGCUGCCAGCUUGACUGUGUUGCCAUAUUCGUUCUAUUACAGCAUGCUACAUUAUUCCUAAAACCUCUACAUUAUGGCUUCUAUGGUGAAACCUUUUACCACAAGUUUGCCCUUUCUUGUGAAAUGGCUUGCUGGUAACUCGUUGCAGAAGCGGUGUGUUGGCACCUGGCCGAAGCUUUGUUGAAGUCUUGUAUUUUUGUGCGAAGUGUUUUUGUGGGGGAGUAAUGGGGGCUGGGAGGGGGGCAUUUCCAGGCAAGUUACAACCUGGCUUUAUUAGUUAGCAGCUGUGGACAGGACACUCGAGCCUAGUUGGCACCUCUGUAGUUUUGCAACGUUUUUCUUUUUUUCGUAGUUCACAUGCAAUGUGCACCUCUUGGGGCCUCUGUGCACCCACGUGACAUGAACUGUGUGUGGAUGAGGGCCCAGUGUGCAUUUUUAUUCCCCCAGAGGUGCAUUCUUUGCUUUUUUGACACAUGUGUCCAGGUGUGUAUGUUGUAUGGCUGCGUGGGAAAAAAAAAACUAAUUUCAGGGGUCGCACUUCCUUUUCUUUUUCUUUUGAAAGUGCUUUUUAAGUUAUGCUAAUAAAACUCGCCAAAGAGUAAAUUGA